AUGGCGAAUUGUGAUCUGCCUAGGGUUCCAUGGCUUACGUUAGCUGAGGAAGAGGAUAACAAGGAAGAAGGUGGUGAGGCUAAUACAUGUCGAAAGUUCUUCAGCCUCUAUAAUGGCAUGAUUUUAAAGAAGAGGAUUCCAAAUGCUAGAGGAAAGCGGUGUAUGGAGUCUAUGGGAUGGCUUAUCGCAGCGGGGAAAGACGAGGGUGAAAUUACUCUGCUGCAUCCCUUCUCCGGUGUUCAGAUUCAACUGCCGCAUCCAAAUACCACCAAAGGUUACAAUUGCCAACUGACUGCCGAUCCAUGGACCUUCUUUCACGAGACAGUUUUGUCGGCUAGUCCUUCUAAAACAUCAGACUACGUUCUCAUGGUCAUUGAGGCAAAUAACAAAUACCUCAGUUUUUGGAGGCCAGGAGAUUUGAGAUGGACCCGGAUUAUGAAAGAAGACAAUCCGGCUCUUCAUCGUGAUGUGGUCUACUUUAAUGGCAAAUUUUAUGCAGUUCAGUGGCUAGUCCACGUAUUAGUUCGCGAUGUUACUGGUGCUGACCCAAUGGCUCAAAAAGUAGCUCGGUUGCCACUAGAUCAGAUUGGAGAUGAAGUAGAAUCACUAGGAUCAUUAUUUGUAGUUGCGCGACAUGGUGGUCUGUCUAAGUCCAGGAUUCCAAUGACACCAAUCCCAAAUGAUUAUGAAGUUUAUGAUGACGAGGUCUUGGGAUCCGAUGAGCAGCUAACUUUUGAGACAAGAUAUUUUCGAGUUUACAAAUUGGAUAUUGCUGCUGGAAAAUUGACGGAAACCAAAGAAUUAGGGGACAGAGCUAUCUUUUUGGGUGCUAAUGCAUCUCUCUCUGUCCAAGCUUCUCAGUUUCCUGGAAUCAAGCCUAAUUGUAUUUAUUUUACGGAUGAUCGUUAUGAUAUAUAUGGCUAUUAUCAGUCAGAAUGA